CACAGCCAUUCGUUGCUCACACUCAAUUCCCUUCUGGGUUUCAUUGUCAUCUCUCCUCUCAUAAUUCAAGCAAAAAGACAGCCUUUGCUUCAAUCCAUUAUUCUCAUUUUCGAAUCUUUCUCCUGGGUUGUUAUCAUUUCUCACCUUGUGUUACAUAGAGCUUUUUUUGUUCUGGAACUCUCUGGAUUCAGUUCAGACUUGAAAGCACUUUUGAAGUUGUAUUUGGGUUAAGCACUUUCUUCAAGUAAUCUAAGCUCAUGGAUGUGGAAGAAACAAAAUGUUCCUUCAAGUACGGCAAGCCUCCGUGGAUUUUCAAAGGCAGGUAAGUGUCCUGACAGCACUCGCGCGGUGUUAAUUUAUUGUCUUCUUCUCAAUUUUGAAAGACGGCUCUGCACAUUGCCUUGGUUAUUUGUCGAAUCAGAGCAUUGUAUCAACUCCAUUUGGUCAAGGCAGCGACUAUUCGAGCAUGCAUCCCUAAAGAGUUCAGAUUGGUUGAAGCAUUUGGGUAAAAACACUAACAUUGUUCUUUGUGGAUCACUUUCACUUUUUUUAUUUUGGUUUUGGGAAUUUGAUCACCAAAAGAUAUUUGCGGUUUGCAGAUAUACUCUUGGCGGGUUUUUUCUUGCUAACUAUGAUGACAGCCCAGCUGGAGUUUUUGAUGAGCUUGUUGUGAUUGCUGGACUUAUAUGGAGCCCUCCAACGUCUUGCGCAUGGGCAGCAAAGGUACUUGUGAAUAGCAAAGAAGCUUGUGAUCAUGGGCGAAAGGAAGUAGGCCUUCCAAGUCAAGUUGCAAGGUUUUCUAAGAGAAUUACAGCAGUUUCAAGGAAACCAAAGACCAAACAAAGUGAAUUUCUAAACUUAAUUGGUAUGGAGGGUGGUUUCUCUGAUCCAGGAGAGCAGGUGAAUGUUCAAGUGACUGAAAUCAUGGGUCAAGCCUCAAAAGAUACCUGUAAUGUCAACCUUACCACUUUCGUGCCUGCAUUGGACAUUAACAAGUGGAUGGGACCAGCAAUCAAAAUGUCACUUCCAAGUUUUAGCGGUCGUACAGAGUAUUAUCCUGACCUUCUUAAGUACUCUUGCCAGAUCGACUGCAGGGUGCGAGUAGUGCAUCCAGCUAAAGUAUCGGGGCCAUCUCCUGUGCCAUCGAACGAGAACGAGAACAAACAAUGUUCAGAAAUUCAUAGUUGCAAUACGCAGAAUCAAGCAACUAAAGAAUUCAUGGACAAUGAGCAGAACCUUACCAGAGCCGUGAUGCUAUCAAAGCCCAUUUUGGCAUUGGAGUUCAGUUCUAUGAAAAUGCAGGUUGAAGCUCCGGUUGUAGUUUCCAACUACUUUAAGAACUCUUUAGCAACCUCUUGAUUUCUUGUUCAUGUUGUGUUACAAUGAUAAGCAUAUAUAAUAUUCCAUUUUCUUUCAUUGGCAUACAGUAGUUCUGCACAUUAAUAUCAAUGGAUUUCAAUGGGAGGAAUUUACAUUCAA